AUGGCUCGGUUGAUUUUUCUUUGUCCAACUUUCUUACUUUUGAUAAGCUUUGCCCUUCGUGUUCACUCUGUAUGCCCUCCACCACCUCAGACAGUGUCUCCUCCCACUCCGUUUCCUCCCAUUCCAUAUCCUCCCACUCUAUCUCCUCCCGCGGUUGGUGGUGGAGGUGGUGAAGGUCCAGGUGGUUCUGGGAGUGGGUUUGGUUCGGGCAGCGGCUCUGGCAGUGGCGGUACUGGCAGAGCUGGUGGUGGAGGAGGAGGUGGUGGAGGUGGUACUGGGAGAUCUACGGGUACUGGUGGUAGUGGCUCUGGUUAUGGUGGUGGCAGUGGUUCUGGUGGUGGUAGUAGCAGUGGAGGUGGAGGCGUCCCAUGCAUACCUUGUAAAGCUAGGAAGAUUGCGCCAGGCUCUGAUUGGAAACACAUGACCACUAUUUAG